AUGCGCUCCAGCAUCGCCUGCGCUCGCUGCCGUCGGAGCAAGAUAAAAUGUGUUAACGCCGGCAUCGAUACCACCUGUCGCGCCUGUGAAUCCUCGGGUCGCGAAUGUGUCUAUCCCGCCCCGGCCAUCGGGGUGGGUGGUGGUGCCGCCAAGCGAGACCUGGCGGCCCUGGCCGAGGGUGAGGAACGUAACAAUGAUUGGGAUAGCCCCAAGCGACAGCGGUCACGGAAGACGGUCGGCAUCUCGUCCGCUGCGAAGGAUGCCAGAUCGGCCCUUGACGUGCUCGAUUCGUCUGUCUUGACUACCAAGGUCUGGGAUGCCGUCUUCGACCUAUUCCAAUCGCACUUUGCGACGAUGCUGCCCUUCCUACAUCCCGCUUCCUACAUCGGCCACACUCGCCCGCUCUCCACCCAUUCCUCCCAGCCGCCGACCAACCAAGAGCCCUCGCGAGAUCCGGCGCAAAGUCCACCGGUCAGCAAAACCGAUCCAAAUCCGCUGAUUCCCCUCGGAGUGCUCGCUCUCACGGCUCGGUUCCAUCCACAACUGGUCGCAUUUCAUUCCCCGCCCUCCCCGGGCAACCCAUCCAACCCUCUCGUCGCCUCGGAGUACUAUGCGACGGCGUUGCGUAGCCGGCUGGCCGGCGUUGACGGCGCCAGUCUGGCAGUCACCGAUCUCACUCGGGUACAGGCGUUACUGAUGUUGGCGUUGCAUGAAUGGGGCAUGUGCCGGGGCAGGAGUGCCUGGUUAUACGUCGGUAUGGCCAUUCGACUGUCCCAGGCCAUGGGGCUUCCCUUUGAGCUCGAGAACGAGAUGGCUUAUCGGGAUGGCCCGCGGUCGCCCGUGCUCAAGAUGGAAGCCGAGAUCUUUGGCAUUCCCCGGCGGCCUGUGGAACCUCGAGAUCAGACCUCAGAUGAUAUCAUAGCCCAGGAAACGAAGCGCCGCACGUUCUGGGCAUGUUUCAUUCUUGACCGUUGCCUCAGCAGCGGCAAAUACCGGCCCCGCAUGAUCCGCGUCAAGGAGCUGGGCAUCCAGCUCCCGAGUGACAAUGCCUUCGCCUUUGGCGAACGGGUGCGCACGUCCCGUCUCAGUGAGCCGGUCGCCCGCCGUCCGCAAAGUUUUGGAGCCCAGGGCGUCCAGAUUCCGAGCAUCCGCCAGAGUCUGGGAACCCUCGGGGACGACCGGAUGCCCAGCAAUGGCGCCCCCGAUCCCAAGUCGUGGUCUCCGGUCUCGCGCCGGAAGGAUUCGAGUGAGGAUGAGAUUGAUCGCUGGGAGGUUGGUGCGGAGGAGUCCGUGCUCAGUCGGGUCAUUCGGAUUAUCCGCAUCUGGGGAAGUAUUGCCAAGUGGUCGUGUGCUGGAGGUCGACGAAACGAACAGUUGCCCCCGUGGCACCCUGACUCGCGCUUCUCCAAGCUGCGGGUGAUGCUACACGAAUUCCAGGAUGGGCUGUCCCGCAACCUGCAGUACUCUCCGCGGAACACGGACACCCACAUCAUGUACAAGACCACCCUCUCCCCGUACACGAUCAUGCAUGUGGUCUAUUUCCUCUCGGUCAUUGUUCUCCAUCGGUCCUAUAUCCCUUUCCUCCCCAUGCGAUGCUCGGAGCCGGUCGGGCCGUUGGACGAGCCCCUCUUUCCAAUUGAAAAGCCCGGCAUGGCCGAGGCGUUUUGGCGCGAGAGUGCUCGGGAGCUCUUCAAGGCCGCCCGGGAAAUGAUUGACCUGGCCGUCACCUGCCAAGAGCGGGGCGCCCUGGUUGAGAAUCCCCUCGUGGGGUUUGCCGUCUACAACGCCGCGUUUAUUGGCGUCUACGCGGCCCAUUUCCCGCACAUGGAUCCGGAUGCCGCCUUGGCUCCGCGCGAUCGAACUGCCCAGGGUCAGGCACAAGCCCGGAAGGCCCUCGACAUCUUGCGGGAUAUGCGCACGCGCCUGAAGAUGGCGCGCGGGUGGUUCCGCACGCUCAACCGCCUGCACAGCUACUUCUCCAAAGUCAAGCGCGAUUUCCGGCGACACUCCCGUCGGAUGGACCUGGACGGCGCCGACGCGCAUGUGAACGGCAUUCGUCCGGUGCGGGAAGGCGGCGCUGGCGGUGGCCUGGAUGAAUUUAAGCUACUCGAAAAGCUGUUUCUGGACUUUGGCAUCAUCGAAGACCAGCUGCCGGAUGGCAACGCGGAUGAUGACGCCCUGGCGGCUGCCAGCGACCGCGCCACGAAUCUGAGCGACGCCGGCAGCAAUGCGGUUCGCAGUGAAACCGGCGACACGGGCGAGCCUCCGCUGGAUGGAGCUGGCGGACGCCGCGAGUCGUGGGUUCCGAUCAACAGCCCUGGGAUGCCACUCCCCGGCCCGGAUGGGGAACGCCGGCCGAGUCUCCCUUUGCCCCCGAACCGCUCCUUGCAAUCUCAAUCGCCUUAUUCGCUGCCGGCCUUGCAGCAUCACCCGGACGGUGGUUUGUACAACGCCUCGUCCCCUAACCUCCCCUCAUUGGGACCACCUGGGCCUUACGGAGCUCCGCCGACCACGGGGGCGGGCGCGUCGUCGCAAUACGGCGGACCACCCCCUUCGAACCGUCUGCAGCCUUUGAACUCGUGGCUGAACAACCGUCAACAGCCUCCGCCGCCCUACUCGCAGUCUCUGCCUCCGAUCAAUGCGGCCACCUCUCACAGCCUGCCGCUGCUGCCCCCGCCGGGCUCGGUUGGCCAUCCGGGGGCGUCACCCCCCGUGACGGUGGAUGGCCUCGAUAGCGUCAAUACCAACGGGCUGCUCUCGACCAGCCUGGGUGGGGAUGACGUGCUGGCCUUUUUGGAAGGGUGCGAGUACGACCAGCUCCCGGCCAUGCUGCCCUCGGAGAUGGGGGUGCCGGUCGGAUGGCUCAGCACGGUGUGGACCGAGUUUGCCCGGUAA